AUGGAAAAUCUUGCGGAAAGCGAAAUGCUUAUCGACGACUAUGAAAAGUACCCUGAUGAAAAGACCGAUGUCGUCGUCGUUUCUAACUCUGGAUCUGACGAGCCUUCAGCCCUGCCGUCUGCUAAUGAUCAUGCGGCGAUGAUGGCACACAUCCUUCCCAAGAACCCAGACUUGGAGGUCGAAGACGAGGUCACUCAUACAUGGCAUAUCAAGGAUUGGAGGAAGAUGGACCGCAAGAUGCACGGACCGGUCUUCAACUGCGGCGGGUCCCCAUGGCGCACUCUAUUUUUCCCAUAUGGAAAUAACUCACAACAUACCUCGCUGUACUUGGAACAUGCGUGGGAAGAGCCUCCGAAGGAUUGGUAUUCGUGUGUGCAAUUUGCAUUGGUCAUGUCGAAUGUGAAGGAUCCAUCCAUCUACGUUUCUCAUGUCGCAAUGCACCGAUUUACUGCCGAUGAAGGUGACUGGGGAUUUACCAAGUUCUAUGACCUGCGCGCUGCGUUCAGUGAUCCGUUUGAGGGUAAGGGAGUGCCUCUCGUCCAAGAUGAUGAGGCCAUCAUCACCGCGUACGUGCGCGUCGUUAAGGAUCCCACUGGAGUUCUCUGGCACACCUUCCAUAACUACGACUCCAAGAAGGAGACUGGCAUGGUCGGUCUUCGCAACCAGGGCGCAACCUGCUACUUGAAUUCUCUGUUGCAAUCGCUUUACUUCACUAAUGGUUUUCGCAAGGCUGUGUAUCAGAUCCCCACUGAAGAUGACGCCAAUACCGAAAACAGUGCUUGGACCCUCCAGCGAUUGUUCUACAACCUUCAAACCAACGAUUCAGCAGUUGGAACGACUGAACUCACCAAAUCUUUUGGCUGGGACUCUCGACAGGCAUUUGAGCAACAAGAUGUUCAGGAAUUGUCCCGAAAGCUGAUGGAGCGACUGGAGGAGAAGAUGAAGGGUACAGUAGCCGAGAAGGCACUUCCUGAUCUCUUUGUUGGCAAGACCAAGACAUACAUCUCUUGCAUCAAUGUGGAUUUUGAGUCCUCCCGAGUGGAGGAGUUUUGGGACAUUCAGCUGAACGUUCGAGGCAACAAAACUUUGGAUGACAGCUUCCGCGACUAUAUUCAGGUGGAAACCCUAGAAGGUGAAAACAAGUAUGACGCGGGUCCCCCGUACGGCCUUCAAGACGCGAAGAAGGGUGUGAUCUUUGAAAGCUUCCCACCCGUCUUGCACCUCCAUUUGAAACGAUUUGAAUACGACCUUAACCUGCUUACGAUGAUGAAAGUCAACGACCGACACGUUUUCCCCUUAGAGUUUGAUGCGGCACCCUACCUCUCCGAAAAUGCGGAUAUGUCUGAGCCCUGGACCUAUGAAUUGCAUGGUGUCCUUGUGCACAGCGGUGGCUUGGAUGCCGGGCACUACUAUGCGUUCUUGAAACCUACCAAGGACGGACACUGGUACCGUUUUGACGAUGAUCGUGUGAACCGCGCCACCGAGAAGGAAGUUCUAGAGGAGAACUACGGCGGUGAAUAUGAGCGAACUAACGGUGCUAACGGAACCGCUAAUGUUCGUCAACCCUACACCCGAGAACUAUCUACCAAGAGAUCUAUGAACGCCUACAUGCUGGUGUACAUCCGCAAGACACGAGUAGAUGAUAUUCUUCUCCCGAUCGAAAAGGAAGAUGUCCCAGACCACAUAGAAACCCGCCUGGCCGAGGAUCGCACAGAGAUGUUGCGUCGCAAAAAGGAACGGGAGGAGGCUCAUUUGUACAUGAACGUUGGCAUUUUGACUGAGCAAACUUUCCAGUCCCAUCACGGCUUUGAUUUGACCAGUUCGGACCUCCCUGCCGAGGACCCAGCUCUACCGACUCAAUACCGCAUUCUUCGCUCGAAGAAGGUGGGUGAAUUUGCGAAUGAGAUUGCCGAAGAACGGGGUAUCAAUGCUGAUGCCAUCCGAUUCUGGCUUUUGGUCAACCGCCAAAAUAAGACAACCCGCCCUGACCAAAUCAUUAAUGAUCCGGAGAUGACUGUCGAAGAAGCUUACGCCAAAUUCGGUACCAAGGGCGGCCUCUUCCGCCUUUGGAUGGAGGUCGCACCGCUGGGUUCUGACGGCAAGCCGACUCCUUGGCCCGAAAAUGACUCGGUCCUUAUCUUCCUGAAGCACUUUGACGUUGUGGCCCAGAACCUGAGCGGGGUAGCCUCUGUAUAUGUCCGAAAGAACCAGAAGGUGGCUGACUUGUCAUCCAUCAUCUUGUCUCGCAUGGAUUGGCCCGCAGGCACCGAAUUCACACUGUUUGAAGAAAUCAAGCACAAUAUGAUUGACGUUAUGAAACCCAAGCAAACUUUCCAACAGUCUGAGAUCCAGGAUGGUGACAUCAUUACAUUCCAACGAACAGUGAAGGACUCUGAGGUGCAAGCAUCGGCCAUGUACAGCGACGCUCGCCAAUUCUAUGAUCAUCUUUUGAACCGCAUGGAUGUCACCUUUGCUCCUCUCAAAACCGGAGAAGGUGAAGAGUUUACUCUGACCCUCAGCAAGAAGAUGACUUAUGAUCAAUACUCAAAGAAGGUUGCCGAUCACUUGAAUAUUGAGCCCACUCACUUGCGAUUUGCUCCCGUGAUGGCCAGCACCGGCAAGCCCAAAUCUUUCAUCAAGCGCGCUAACAAUGCCACUCUGGCUCAGACGCUCACUGGACAGUAUGGCGCAUAUGGAUACACUAUGCACCGUGCGGAUGCCCUCUACUACGAGGUUUUGGAUAUGAGCCUGAGCGACUUCGAGCAAAAGAAGAGCAUCAGGGUGACCUUGCUUCCUCAAGGCAUCACAAAGGAGGAACAAGUAGAGGUUCUUGUGGCCCGUAACGGAACUGUUGCUGAACUACUCUCCGAGUUGCAAAAGAAGGCGAAUCUCUCUGAUGAGGUGCUUAAUGAGACUCGACUGUUCGAAGCGAGCGGUGGAAAGUUUAAUAGGGAGUUCUCGGAGAACCAAACCGUGUCGAGCAUCAAUGAAUACUCCACUCUCUACGCUGAGCGAGUUCCUGCUGAAGAGCUGAAUAUUGAAGAGGGUGAUCGUAUGAUCAGUGCUUACAACUUCGACCGUGAACCCAGUCGGCCCCAUGGAGUUCCAUUCAAGUUUGUUGUGAAGCCAGGUGAAAUCUUCAAGCAGACCAAGGAGCGUCUCUCAAAGCGGACCGGCAUUAAGGGUAAGCCCUUUGAGAAGAUCAAGUUCGCCAUCAUUCCCCGAGCCUCCUUCUCUGCGACUAAAUAUAUUGAGGAUGAUGAUAUUCUUUCUGACAUGGCAGGUGCUGAUGAUUAUCUGGGUCUUGACCAUCAAAGCAAGAGCCGCGGAUUUUGGGGAAAGAGCGAAAGCUUUUUCAUUCGAUGA